AUGUAUUUUACAGGAAAUGUGUUUGUUGUAAGCCUGGCCGUUGCAGACUUGGUCGUAGCAAUCUACCCUUAUCCCCUGGUCCUCACAUCUGUAUUUCACAACGGAUGGAAUCUGGGAUACCUUCACUGCCAGAUUAGUGGCUUCUUGAUGGGCCUAAGUGUCAUUGGAUCCAUCUUCAAUAUCACAGGCAUCGCUAUCAACCGGUACUGCUACAUCUGCCACAGCCUCAAAUACGACAAGCUGUACAGUGACAAGAACUCGUUGUGCUACGUUGCUCUUAUCUGGGUCCUAACGUUUGUUGCUAUCGUGCCCAACCUCUUUGUGGGAUCGCUACAAUACGACCCCAGGAUUUACUCCUGUACAUUUGCACAAUCCGUGAGCUCGGCGUAUACAAUCGCAGUUGUGUUUUUCCAUUUCCUGCUGCCCAUAGCCAUAGUUACUUUCUGUUACUUGCGGAUAUGGAUCCUUGUUAUUCAAGUGAGGCGAAGGGUUAAACCCGAUAACAACCCCAGACUGAAACCACACGAUUUCAGAAACUUUGUGACCAUGUUUGUGGUAUUUGUACUGUUUGCAGUCUGCUGGGCUCCUUUGAACUUCAUAGGCCUUGCUGUGGCUGUCAACCCAGAAACUAUAAUCCCUAGGAUCCCAGAGUGGUUGUUCGUAUCGAGUUAUUACAUGGCAUAUUUCAACAGCUGCCUUAAUGCCAUCAUAUAUGGACUCCUGAACCAGAACUUCAGAAGGGAAUACAAGAGAAUUAUUGUCGCUUUUUGUACAGCAAAAGUUUUUUUCCAGGAUAGUUCUAACGAUGCGGGAGACAGGAUGAAAAGUAAACCUUCUCCGUUGAUUACAAACAACAACCAAGUGAAGGUGGACUCUGUCUGAAAAUGGGAAUCUUCUUAUUGUCACCCAACAGCAUCUAAAUAAAGUAUCUGUUUUGUUAGACUUAAUAUUAAGUAUUAGUGAAAUAUCUCUUCUACACUGCAAGCACUUUGAUCAAAUUCUUGCAUGGUAUUUGGGAACUCAAAGAGCCUUGACAUACAGAUCCUAUUAUACAACAGUAUAUCUCUCGAAUAACAACACAAUGAUAUCAUUGAGGGAAUUACAAAAUUAUGCAUGGAUACUUUUUCUUUUUUUUUUUUUCCUUAAAUGGAGAUAAACAACUAGAAAGAGAUUGAAACACAAGUAUCCACAUUGCUUGGCUCAAUAAAAGAAAUCUCAAAACUAUUCCUACUACUUUCUGCCUGCUUCUUCUGGUCAGGUUAUGGUCCUGAUCCUACAGCCUCUAAGAACUUCUUUUAAAAGACAAAUCAGACCAGUACGAAAUAUAUUAGGAAAUGUGAAGUUGAGAAAUCAAGGUAAUUGAAAAUUCAUUAGGAUUUUUGAUAAGUACCUCUGCCUAUAUUGCUUUGCUCCUAACAUGGACACUAUUUUCUUUUUUUGGAGAUUAAGCCUCACCAGCCCUCCUAGGAAUGGCAUUCCCAAUUGAUUUAUCAAUUUAAAAAUAGCUUUUAGGAGGAGAAAUAUAUCUGACUGAUUAUCUUCAAAGCUACAAGGGCAGGAGGAUAAACAGCGAGGAAAUAAAAGAGCCAUGAUUCAUCAGCUCAAGCUGUGUGGGCACGAACAAAGGUGGAGGGGUGGAAAGAGAAAUAUAAACCACCAUUCUUUCUGAAGAGACAGUAAUUCACAAAAUUGGGAAGUGCUCCAGAGUUUCUAGGGAAACACCUCCUAAAAACAUAAGUGAGGAAGGAUCAUUUUCGCUUGUGUACAGCACAGAAGUUCUAAACCUCCAUGAGAAGCAGAUUAAUGCAUUUAAGAAGAACAGUGGGUGGGGAUGUCAGUUUUGUCUGAUUAGUGGAAUCUUAACCUCAUGAAACCCUGUGAAACAAGAAAUAUUUACAGGAUGAGCAUUUAACAUCCUUUUCAACUUGAUCUCCUGAGAAUAGCCUGAGACUGUAGGUUAUUUUGCAACAGAUAAGCUUUUCAAAAUAAUAUUUAGGUGUUUACCACAACGACGAACAUAGUCUGAUAACCUAGAACAAUUUGAUACCUUUAAAUAAUAGAAAGGAGAAAUGCUACUUAUGACCCUGGUACAAGGAGGACGAUGUGACUCUCAGGACAGGACCUGCUAUAUGGACUUUCCGCAGACAGCAGGCACCUCUUCAGUCAGGGGAAGCCUACUGUGAGGUGAAGAAUAGCUAGACAGGUUGUCUCCUGCAACAAUGGAUUUCUGUUUAUAAUGAAGUCCUCUGGUGGAGAAAAGCAAUUCACAACAAUAGGAUUCACCUUCAAAUUGACCUUAAAAAGAAGGAGCAUUUACUUCUGGAAAGAUGCUCCAGCUGUCAGACCUUUUAAUACUCAAGUAUUCAUACCCACACUGAUGGUCAAGUACACUUGAGCUUUUCCAAGCCAAUUCCAAUCAUUUUAACUGGACUAAGAGUUUCUGAAUAGCCAUCAGACUUCUGUUAAUCUAUAUUAAAACGUGGACUUUACCUAAACAGUUUGUUUCAAUUAUUACUUGCUGUACUGGAGAUUUUCUUUAACUUAUAUGUCUUAGAAGCAGUCACUCUAUGUCAUAUAAUUCCUUAAACUGCAUACAAGUCUAACAGCAUUUGAUCUUUCUUGGAUCAUAGAUUUGCGUGCCCUUGACUUAAUAAUGAACUAAAAGGGAAGAGAUUCACAUUUACUUGAAAACCCAACUGACGCUCCGUCAACUGACCAAUUUCUUACCUUAAAAGCAGGUGCCUCAUGUCAAGUUGACAAUGGAACUGAUGAAAAACAUUGUAAAACCCUGGAGAUGAACUAGCAAGUCCAAGCACUGCCGGGGGGCUUGACUCAUCUUUGUUUACAUUUGCCAGUCAGAACCACUGUGUAAAUAACCAGCUCUCUUCUAUUGUGGUAUCAUCAUAUGAUGCGGUAUGAUACAACAUGAUCAACAGCAUAAAGUAUAUCACAGCUUUCUUCACUGUGAUUUCAUCCUUGGAGGAUGCUUAGCUCUGUAACUUUAUUGCUUUGUGUAUAGUGAUUUCAGAAUAGCAAGGGAGGCAUGACCACCUUAUUAAAAAAAGCAGCUUUUCAUGUAAGAAAAAAUACUAUUUAAAUUCUUACAAAACUUGCCUUAUUUAAAGCAUAUUUUCAAUGAAAAUAAUGUCUUAUGAUGCAUCUAAUAAAGUAGCAUAAAGAUAGCUUAAUCAUUAGGAAAUUUAGAAUUCUCAAAGAUCUGUCACUUGUCAUUUCCAACAGAAAAUGUACAUGUUUAUCAUGUCUACAUAUUUAUGAGCCGGUUCAAGAUACUGUAUCCAAUAUUGUGGGUUAUCUGAGGAAUUAAAGUCCCCUGUAAUUCACAAGUGCUAAGAUAUAUUUUUGAUGAUAAUGAAAAUGGUUUGCUAUAUGCAAUAAAACAUAUUGUACCAAAGGUAUAUAUUUUAUUGAAUAGGCCUGUAAUAAAACUGGAGAGCAUUUUUCAGAUCUGAUAUUUUGAAAUAUUUGUAUUAAAUCUAAAUCACAGAAAUGUGCAUGUUUGUGAUGUUAUGAGCUGCUAAAUAUAGCAAUAAUUUUAAGAAAUUAAUCUCUUGUUUUUCU